UUCUGGGACCCAAACCUUCAGUUACCUGAAUCAGGAAACCCCGGUGUUUAAUUUGAACCGAAGUCCAGAUCCUUUUACUGAACUUUUGUCUUAGUGCAUGCCUGAGUAAUGCAAUGCAAUAUUGCUCAAUUUCAGAGCUGCCAACUGUUAAAUACGAGGAAUUUAAGAAAUUCGGAGGUAUAUACCGUCUAUGGGUACCUGGAUUGCUUCCGGCUGUUUGGCUUGCAGAGGCAAAAUAUGUUGAGGUAUUAUUUACAUCAAAAUGUACGGAGAUCAAAACUGACCUUUACCGCAUUCUUCAUGUAUGGCUAGGUCUUGGGCUACUGACAAGUAGAGGUCAGCGGUGGCAUCAACGCAGGAAACUGAUAACUCCCGCUUUCCAUUUCUCCAUUUUGAGCAAUUUCUGCGAGGUAUUCGUUAAAAAUACGCUUACACUCAUCGAUCAAUUGCGUCAGACUCCGGACGGAGCACUCGUCGAGGUGAUGACACAGAUGAAACUCGUUGCCUUGGACAACAUCUGCGAGACUGCUAUGGGAAUCACAAUUGAUGCAUUAAAUCAUCCAAAUCACAGCUACAUUCGUGCCAUUGACGAUUGCACUGACAUUGUCAUGACGAGACUGACGAGACCCUGGUUAUUCAAUGAUUUACUUUUCUUCCUGUCGCCCACCGGUCGAAAACAUUGGGCGGAUUUGAAUACAAUUUUCGAGCUUACUGAUAAGGCCAUUAAACAAAGGAGGAAUAUAAGAGGCAAAAAAGAAGGAAAGUGGAAGCAGAGGAUUGAAGAGCUCGAAGGAUCUCAGAAAAUGGCUUUUCUUGACCUCUUGUUGGAGGCAUGUGAGAAACAGUCUGUUAGUUUAACGGACGAGGAUUUAAGGGAUGAAGUGAAUACUUUCAUGUUUGAGGGCCAUGAUACAACAGCAGUCUCAAUGGGUUACACUUUAUUUCUUUUAGGAAAUCAUCCAGAAAUUCAGGAAAAAUGCCACCGAGAACUUUCGGAUAUUUUUCAAGGAUCAAACAGGACUCCUACGGUGGCAGAUUUACAAAAAAUGAAGUAUCUCGAGCAAGUAAUCAAAGAAAGUCUGCGUUUGUUCCCCAGUGUUCCUUUUAUAGGAAGAGAGGCUACCGAAGAUGUAAAAUUUGGUGAUUACACCGUUCCAAAAGGCACUGUUUUAUCAUUUAACGUGUACAACCUCCACCGAGACCCGAAGGUGUUUCCAGAUCCGGAAAAGUUCGAUCCGGAUCAUUUUAGUCCGGAAAAAAGUGCGGGUCGCCAUCCUUACGCCUACGUUCCGUUCGCUGCAGGACCCAGGAACUGCAUAGGUCAGAAAUUUGCGUUGAUGGAAGAAAAAGUGGUGCUAUCCUAUAUUUUACGCGAAUUUCGACUAGAGUCCGAGCAUGGGCUCGAAGAUUUAAAUAUAAGUUUUUCCCUCGUCAUUCGAUCUCAAAAGGACGUAAAUGUUAAAUUCUUACGUCGGAAAUCACACCAGAACCUUAAAAGCUGACCGUAAAAUAAUCCGCAAGAUUUUAAAUGAAUGUGGAAACCGUUUUUUGUGCUCAUGUGAAUUUUGUGCAAGUUCUCUAUAUAAGACAUACAGUCAAGUUCACCAUGAAAUUCACUGUAUCAUGGCUGCGUUUUAUACUUUAUAACCAUAUUAUCAGUAAAAUAAUUUGAUAAGAAUUUAUAUAUUAAAAAAAACAUGUAGAAUAAAUUGCAUAUUUACG